AUGAGCUACUCUCGUGAUGCAGACAGCAGAGAUCGCUUGCUUGAGGCCGGUACAGCCCUCGCAUGUACUCCUCAGGAUGCACUUGUUGUAGGGCAGAAACCAACAGAAAAACAAAGUGAAGCACGCCGGAUGCAGUGCCUCCUGGUUCUCAAUGUGGCCACGGGGCUUCUUUUGGGUUUAGUUGUUGCCGCCUUUUGCCUCAAACCCGGCCAGAGCUAUCCCUGGAUGCAACACCGCCUCCAGCGCGUGCUGAUCCUCCUGUUUGCCUGGGAGCUGGUAUUUUUUUUUGUGCUUCCUCCUCUUUGUUUACUGUGGAGGUUCGGAUCUCUGUCUACUUCAGAGCUGGGCAAAGAACACAACCGGGACUCUGUUUGCAUUAUUCUUCUUGCCAUUUGCGAGUUUGGUUGCGGCGUUUGUGGGGCAGCGAUGAGCGCCUUUAGUAUCUACAUGGGAGCAGUGCUAGAUGCUCGGCAGGUUGCUAAUGGUUUAAUUACAUUGUGCGCUGUGGGAACAGCUGCCUGCCUCUUCUUUUCCCUUCUGGGAAACCCCAAGUACCGUAUUGGAAAGAAACUCUGCAGUCGCGCAACUCGGCACGAGGCUGAACUCUCCGUGACGGGUGCCAUCAUGAACCUGAUACUGGCGCUCUCUGCCGGACUGGCGAACACGCAGGCCAGCAUACCAGGAUUGAAGUUUUCAGCAAUGGGCACUGGGGAGUAUCCAAUUAUGUUCCUGGGAGCGUUGCUGCUAGUGAAGUCACUCGCACACUUUGUGGCUGAGCUCCUCUACCUUCGGAAAGUAGCAAUCAAUUCUCGCAUGAUUCAGAACGAUUCAGGCGCUCGGUGA